CAUUUCAUUUCCAUUCAAUUAUAUCUUUAAAUUUGCUCUCUUCUAUUUCUAUAUCUCUUUAGGGUGGAAGUAUAAUUGAGUGGUGAAGUUUAUUUUCUUUUUCCUUUCCAUUAAUUUAAAAACCAUGCGAGGCAACUGACAGAGUUAGCAAACACCAACUCUGUUUCUCUUUCUAUUUUGGUUCAUCAAGGCCAAACAGUUCAGUUUUAUGGACGCUAUUGCUGUAACUAUUGCCUUCCUGCUGUUGAUGUCCUUAUCACCAGCAGGGACAAGAGCUGAUACACAACCACCAAAGCAGAAAGUAGCACUCAACACCUCACUUUUCCCCAAUGGUUUGCCGUGGCUUUCCCCUUCCGGCCACUUUGCAUUUGGCUUUUAUCAGCAAGGCAGUGUCUUUUUCGUUGGAAUUUGGUUAGUAGGUGUGACGAGCAAGACGGUGGUAUGGACUGCAAAUCAAAAUGAUCCUCCAGUCACCUCAAAUGCAAAUCUAACUCUUACAGUUGGUGGUAAGCUAAUACUAACAGAGAAAGGACAAGUUAAGCUUAUUGCUAAAUAUAAUGGAACAGCUUCCUUUGCCUCCAUGCUUGAUACUGGGAACUUUGUACUAUACAACAAUAACUCCGACAUCAUAUGGCAGAGUUUUGAUCACCCAACUGAUACUAUGCUGGGGGGUCAAUCUCUGUCUUUUGGAGGACAUCUGUUCUCUAGUUCAUCAGGGACUAACCCCUCAACUGGAAGAUUUUGUCUCGAUAUGCAGGGUGAUGGAAAUCUUGUUCUGUAUCCAACAAACGCACCAAUGGAUGUUUACUGGGCCUCUGGUACUAAUACUGGUACGCAUCAUUUUUACAUUAACAGCACAGGUUUACUGCAGAUCAGGAAUAACAUUGGUUCGUACUCUAAAGAUCUUUCCAAGCCUGAUGGUUCGGCUAAUGGGAGCAAGACCAUUUAUCGUGCAACCCUCGAUUUUGAUGGGGUUUUACGGCUGUAUGCUCAUGUUAACAAUGACCAUGGCAAAGCAAUAGCAUGGAAGCCAGAUGGAGGUACAUGUGAAGUAAGUGAUUUUUGUGGCUUCAACAGCUACUGCACAUUCAAUGGCCGCGACCAACCAGUUUGCAAUUGUCUUGAGGGUUUUGAAUUCAAAGAUGCAAAUGAAGAGACUCUUGGCUGCAAAAGGAACUCAUCAAAAGCUGAGUGUACAAGUGACAAAGACAGUUCAUCCCAUUAUAACAUGGCCUUGAUGAACAAUAUUGAAUGGGCGGAUCGUCCUUAUUUCGAGUCUGAUAUGUCACAUGAAGAAGAAUGCUCCUCUGCUUGUUUGGCUGAUUGCAACUGUUGGGCUGCACUGUAUCAGAAAAAUAGAUGCAAGAAACAUGGGCUGCCUUUGAGAUAUGUCAAAAGGAGAGGGCUAGCUGAAUCUGACCCACCCACGGUAUUCUUAAAAGUGGGACACAACAGCCUCAAAAUCCAAAAACCUAUACCACCACCACCACCUCCAAUCAAGAGUACAAGUAACAAAGCAGUGGUUCAUAUUAUUAUUGUUAUAUCUGUAUUUACUUUGUUUUUAUGUUCAAUGAUUGCAAUCUCCAGCCAUUACAUGUACAAGAUUCGAGUAUUAACCUACAAAAGGCUCUCAGAGACUUGGAACUUGGGUCUGAAUGAAGAGGUGGCUCUGAGAAGGUUUUCAUACAAUGAGCUUAAAAGAGCAACAAAUCAUUUCAGGAAAGAGUUGGGUAAGGGCGCUUUUGGAGCAGUUUACAAGGGGGCCUUGUCCAAAGGUAGGAGACUGAUUGCGGUGAAGAGGCUAGAGAAGUUAGUGGAAGAAGGAGAAAGGGAGUUUCAAGCAGAGGUGCGGGCCAUCGGAAAAACCCACCACAGGAACCUGGUUCGGUUGCUGGGAUUUUGUGCUGAAGGUUCCAAAAGGCUUCUGGUUUAUGAAUACAUGAGCAAAGGUUCCCUUGGGCAGCUUAUCUUUGGUGAUCUACGGCGUCCAGAUUGGGAGGAGAGAGUAAGAAUAGCACUGAACAUUGCAAGAGGGAUCCUCUAUCUCCAUGAAGGAUGUGAGGCACCAAUCAUUCAUUGUGACCUCAAGCCUGAAAACAUUUUGAUGGAUGAGUUUUGGACUGCCAAGAUAUCUGAUUUUGGGCUUGCAAAACUUCUAAUGCCAGAUCAAACCAGAACCUUCACAGGGGCUAGAGGGACAAGAGGGUACAUGGCCCCAGAAUGGAACAAGAACACCCCAAUAUCAGUUAAGGCAGAUGUUUAUAGCUAUGGAAUUGUGCUGUUGGAAACUUUAUGCUGCAGAAGAAACAUCAAAGUUAAUGUCUCCGAACCUGAGGCGACUCUUCUCUCUGCUUGGGCCUAUAAGUGCUUCGUGGCCAAGGAGUUAAAUAAGCUUGUUCCUUCAGAAGUCAUAGAUGAAAAUGUCCUGGAAAAUAUGAUUAAGGUGGCACUUUGGUGUAUCCAAGAUGAACCUGUUCUCCGGCCAGCAAUGAAGAGUGUGGUGUUGAUGUUAGAAGGGGUUACCGACAUAGCAAUUCCUCCUUGUCCAAAUUCAAAUCGGUGAAGAAAAUACUGCAGCGUUCAUGUGGUUCUCAGUUUUUGUUAUUUUCUGUCACGUAUUUUUAUUUCCGUUCAGUUCCUGAGCUUGUCUCUUAGACCUUAGUUGAGAUGAGACACAUUAAGGUAGCAAGCCAAAAGCUAAUGUAGUUUUUUCCUAUGUUAAUUCAUGUUUUAGCAGCCGGUAGUAUUCUCUUAAAGUUAUCAAUUUGAAUGAAUAAUCCACAAAUAUGCACCGAUUAAAAGGAAGGGUGAAUAAUAGUUUUUGUUC